ACACACACACACACAGGGAGAGAGAGACGCUAGCUUUCAGGCAAACUAAAACACAGCCAGGGCAGGCUAACAGGUGUAAAGGUGAGUGCAGAGGGCAGACAGUUACUGUAGACAGGUGAGCAGUCAGAAAGGUGUAGGUGAGCAGUCAUACAAGUAACCAAGCAGUGUGUUUUGUGGGCAGUGUCAGCUCUCCCUGUCUGCUGUAGAAGAGAAACACUGGCAGCAGCUGCAUAGAAAAGAAGCUCUCAGAACGGCCUUUAUCCUCUACUGCCCCCUCUUCAGACACACACACAGACUGAGGCAACUACUGGGGCAUUCAACCAGCUCAGCUCUUUCCAAGGCCCAUUGAAACACCAGAUCCACUCCAACACAUUAAGCAACCAUCUGGGAAGUUGUCGUUGGAAAAAACAAAUUCUCAGCAGGUGACUGGAUGAACCAUCUCCAUCUAUCACAGGUGCCGACAUGGCAUACAGGAAGGUGUGUGAUGCCCAGGGUGGCCCAAUGGUAGGGGAGGUUCUGCACUGCUCUGGAGGUCUGGAUCUUGACUGGGACCUGGACAAGGAGGAGCUACAGGAACAAGGACCCAGCAUGGACCGCAUGCAGAUGCAACAUGUAGACUGCCAGAGAUCAGGGUGUUCAGACCCUGGCCCUGACCCUGACCCUGAGCUGAUGGAACCCAUCCAGCCAUCUGUCUCAGUUUCACCACAUGGACGUUUUGAACGACUCCAGGAAGAUCCGAACUACAUAUCCCACUUCACCAGGGCUCCGGGCCAUAAAGGCCAACGACGACUCCACUGUUUCCUGCUCAGAUACUUCCUGGCAGGGGUUGGGGUUUUUGUCCUGGGUCUCCUGAUUGGCUGGUUCGCUCACACACCGGCUGUCAAACCACCUGUUCUUCUAUCUGACAGCUCAGACCUGCUUGAGGAGCUUCUGAGGGGAAUCACAGCUGACAAAAUAGAUGCUCUUCAGAGGUCUUUCUCAAGUCUAUCGGAUGACAGCGAGGAGGCCCGAGCCAGGUACCUCUACAGGCAGUGGGUGGGACUCGGUUUGACGGAUGUCCGUCUUUCCAAUCACACCGUUCUGCUUAGCCUGCCCGGUUCCACACCCAACACCAUCACUGACAGGUCUAGUCACCAGUGUUUCCUACCAAACGGCAUCCCCUGCGACCAGCGUGGACCCAGUGACCUCCCGAAACAGCGCUUCUCCUACGCAGCCUACUCCACUGUUGGAAGUCUGCAGGGGGAGGUGGUGGAUGUCCAGUAUGGCAGUGUGGAUGACCUGAGGAGAGCCAAAGACAGCCUGAACCUCACCAACCAGAUUGCCAUGGUCAAGCUUGGCCAAGCGCCUUUGCUAUACAAGCUAUCCCUACUGUCUGAACUGGGUUUUGGAGGUGUUCUGCUUUACAUUGACCCAUGUGACGCUCCCCCUGGCCGACGCACCUGGCAUCAAGCCUUCAGAGUCACUCUCAACCCCGGAGGAAACCCUGCCUUUGCUGAGGUGUCAAGAGAGGCGGUAGGAAGUCUGACAUCUCUGUUGGUUCAGCCUAUCUCUGCCUUCCUGGCAAAGACGUUACUGUCCUCUCCAUCCACAGGGCAGGGAGACUCCUGUAUUCCUCUCGCCAUGCCUCCCAAUGCUGAACGCAAGAAGAUCACUCUGACUGUUGGAAACCAGCAGUCCUCCAAAAAAAUCUACAACGUUGUGGGAUACCUGAAGGGAAGGCGGAACCCAGAUCGCUACGUGCUGGUUGGCAGUCGUCAUGACAGCGACCAGGGAGGCGGGGCUUCGGCUAUUAUGAAUCAGCUCAUCGCUGCACUGACAGAGCAGACCAAGCGAGGAUGGGUGCCCGACCGUACUACUGUGUUUUGCUCGUGGGGAGGCUCAGCCCUGGGGAACAUCGGGUCCUAUGAGUGGGGAAAGGAUAACAGUGUUGUCCUAAAGAACAGUGCAGUGGCCUACGUCAGUCUGAACUCUCCAGUUAGAGGGACAGAGACUCUCAGAGCUACAGCUUCUCCAACACUGCUGCAGCUCACUUCAGAUAUACAGAGAAGACAGUUGCUGAGCUGCAUUCGUGGUGGGAACUGCCCCGGACCCAACGUCAGCUCGCUGCAGUUGCCUGGAGAUGUGAACUUCUUCGCCAACCAAAUUGCUGUGCCCACUAUGGAGUUCGCCUUCGAGCAGACCAAAGCAGAAGAGGCCACCAGUUUCCUGUCAGAGGCCCAGUUUUCUGCUGAGUUACCAGAGACACUGGAUCCACUUUUCAAGUUCCAUGAGACCAUUGCUAAGAUGACAGCAGAAGCCAUUCUCCGCCUGGUCAACGAUCCUGUGCUGCCAUUCUACCCUCUGGACAUUGCCCUGGAUGUUCAAAACAAACUCAAAGAGAGGAGCAUGGUAUCUCAGCCCCUGCUGUCCUCAGCCUCCUCCCUGAGAGAGCACGCAGCUUUCUUCCAGUCAGAAACCAUGCGGCCGGCAAAUGACCCGAAAGAGCGCGACCCCUCCCACGUGCGAAUGCUGAAUGAUGUACUCCGUGACCUGGAGAAAAGCUUUAUCAUCCCACAGGCGCCGCCUGGAGUGUACAGGAACCUGUUAUACAGCCUUCCAGGGAAGACUCCUCAGUUUUCUAUCCUCAGGUUCUCACAGGAAGCCGCCCUGCAUUGCAACGUCACCAGCAAAGCAGUCAAACGCAGCUCUGCAGAGAAGGAAGUAAUUUGCCACAGCACCAUGACCCAGUCUCUGUCUCUCAUCCUCAGGGCCAUCCGGUCUGCUGAAAGGCUGGUGUGCUUUGGCUUGGACUUGUUUGAAAAUUACCCAAAUGAUAGAAUAUGAUCCUGACUGACACACGCCCACCAGUGAGCUUCGAUGCACUCCAGAGCAAAAACUGCCACUGAUCAAGUCUAUCAAGUUUAAAGGUGCAGUAUGUAAGAAUUUUAGUUGAAAACAUUAAAAACUUUGUUGACAGAACAGUUUUGAAAUUAUGUCAUCUAGACAUCUAUGUAUUGUGUUACAAGAGAUAUCCACUGAAGUUAGCAUGUUAACCAGCUUUGUGCUUUAAGAGGCCAUAGUUAGUGGCUGUAGUCAAACUGGCCCCCGUCGGUUUCAGAGGCUGUGUUCAGUCCUGAGAGGUUGGUAAGCCCAGUUCCAUUGCCUACACCAGUUCUAGCUCCCAGUCUGGUGCUGCUUCCCACCAGCAUUCCCCACUGGGCCCCUCUCCCCAAGGCCUGUACACCUCUGUCUGCAGUCCAGUGAAACACCAACACUCUCCUGGUGCUCUGAGCUCCCAGACCGGACAGAGUCAGCUCAUAGACAUAGAUACAGCUAAUAGGACGGGUUACUAUGGUGAUAUACAGUACCCUAUUUAUUUCAAGUAUGAAUUUGACAGGUGGCCAAUUCUUACAUAUUGCACCUUUUAAAUAAAAUGCAAAUAUUAAAAUACAAUUGACCCUCCAAACGAAAACCAUGUCUUACUCACUCUACAGUGCUGGAAAAUCUAAGAAUCAGAGGGAAUCCACACAUUGACACUGCUUACCAGAAAAGAGAUUUAAACUCCCAAACCAUCGCUUAUUCCCAUGGUUCCACUCUUCCUCAGUAACUAAUAUUGAAUCAGUGACAACAAUAUGCAGUCCAAAAUAUAGUGAGAAGUUUUAGACUUUUUGAAUGGUUUUCAUAUGAUGUAUUGUAAAAAGAAAUCUGUUUUCUGAUUGAUGAAUGUAUUGAAACUAACUAAUUGCACACUAGCUCUUAGAUAUGCAAAUAAUAUUGACACAGUGGGGUCGUUCAAAUUGCACUAUAUCUUCUUCCAAUGAAAGUACCUGUAAUAAGAGGCAAAUCCCAGCACAGGAGGUUUUGAGAAAAUACUUGUUAUCUGAUUAAGGAAAAUGUCAAAAUAUACGUAUUCUGUCUGUACAGGUGUAGCCAUGUUUACGAUAGAAAUGUGUUAAAUGAUACACACACUAGGAGUUGGGGGUAAGCUGAAAAGUCCUUGACCAUGUCCAGGUUAGGUCAUUGUCCCUUUGUGAUGCUACUUGUUUCCAUAGGUUGCUCAUAAAGGGACAUUGUGGUAUUUUAUAACCUGGGUCUUAUUCUUGUAAUUGUGUGUCAAACUUUGUACUCACCACCGACAAUGUAGAUAUACAGGAAACACAGGGUAUAUCGGAGCAAGCAGCUUUCUAAAACUUGAAUAAAAUAUUAAGUAUGAACCAAGUGCUAGCUGAGUAACCAGGUAGCUAUCCAGUUAGCUACCAAAGCUAAUCCAGGGAGGCAAUUUCUGUGUUUCAUUUGGACUCUGAGACAAGUCUUAAAUUAUUUACUGUUAAACUUCAUUUAGAAAUCUUUGAGAGGCUCAUGCAGUUUGCCCUGAUAUGCACUGUUUUUCUCAAGUUGUUCUUCAUGAGUCGGAGAUGGGAGAGCAAAGAUUGCAUUAGAAUGGUCAAAGUCAUGAGAUUAUGGUUAAAAAAUAGGCUACUGGAAUUAUCUUUGGAUUAAUUAUAUAAUUGUUUUACCUGACAACCGUACAAUUCUAACACCCUAUUACCCAUAAGGGCCUAGUUAUGCAAUAAGCCAUUCUACGAUCAGUGUGGCAUUUUAUGGCUCGCCACUUUUGUUAGAGCAAUAACUCGUAUUUAAAACACAGAAACACAGCUACUCAAGGAAUCGCUUGCUUAAAGCAAUACAAAUGAAACUGAACUUUUUCAUCCUGCAGUGUAGUGAGUGAACAGCAUCUAAAAGUCACUCAUCACUGCAGAGACCUGGGUUCAAUACCUGGUUACCAAUGCCUCUGGCUUGACCUGGAGCUCCAAAUUACACCCGCAGUAACUGGCAGUGCUUGCAGGUGGGAAGCUGGUGGGGGACUAUGUCCUUGUUGUUCACACUAGCUUCUCCUGCUGGUAAAACUGGUCCAGCUCUUCACUGCCAGGUGAAAAGAAGCAGGUGGUGAUGUCCUUUGUAGGAGGCACAUGGUAGGUAAUCUGUGACAGACCAACAAGGGGGGUUGGCAAUGACAGAGACCAACAGCUAAAUAUGGGAAACAAUGGGGGAAAAUGAUAAAGUAACAUACUAAUAUUUAUAGACAAACAUGGCUGUUAUUAAACAUUAACAUCUUGAUCAUUUCUCUCAUCUAGUCUGAAUCACACCAUACUGCUAAAUGCUGCCAUACUACUUGGCUACCCAUAAAGUCCUGUGUAGCAUUCAUAACAAUCAUACAGAGUAGAUGUGGCAAAACCCCUCAAAUGUUUUAGCAUAAACAAGUGAAAUUAAACAGCAUCACAACACACAGUAAUUCCAGCUGGAUGCAUUUACAACCAUUAUGCACUGUUUGACAAUUGCGCUCUAUCUCCACUUGUCAUUCUCUCCCAUUUUCUCAAUGACUGUGCUGCUUCCUGCAAACUCUUAAUGUUUUAAGUGGCAACAGCCAGUGUUAUCUCUCUGCGUCCUCUUUCUCUUUAUUCUCCUCACAUUCUCUUGCUAAUGAAUGCCGCCAUGCAGUGAUCUCUCUCAUUGUGCAGCAGUUUGCUCUGCUCAUGACUAGAGAUUUAGGAAUCUAAGGUGGAUGUGCUGGUUUUAAUAGCCUGCACAAACCCGAAUAGAGACCUGAGCAAUGAAUCUUUUUUUUGUUACUGUUUAAUAGCUAAUUAUUAAUAUGAAAUGGUAUUCAAAAAACAUUAUUAUUGUGAGGAAGAGCAUUAGUGUUUGUUGGUUUAUGGUUCUCGAGCUGUAACCAAAUCGCUCAAUAUAACCACCCAAAGCUGCAAACCACAGUUCAGCAGCUCGAGCAAUCCUUUCAAAUUACAGGGAGUCCUGUGAUUCAACAUUUAUAUGAAAACUACUGGUAAAUGGGGCUUCAGGUUUUUUGUAGUUAGGCAUGAUGUGUACUAGAGUAGUCUUUGUGUGGAAAGAAAUGAGUAGAGCACUAUUUUAUAAUAUCAAAAAAAAAUUUCAUACCUUAACUUGUUUGUAAUAGUUUGAAUGUGAUAGACUUUUUUAGCAUGAUGGAAGGGUGGGAGGGCAUGGGAUGGAUUUCGCAGCUUGUAAUUUCUUAUUAAGUAUGAAUUUUUGUAGAGUUUACAUACUUUUAAAAUGUUCUGAGAAAUGAUUUAGCAUCUGGAAAGACACCAACAGCAUUGUUUGCAAAUUGCUUCUUUAAUUGCCCACAUAGUUGGUUUAUUCUUGGUGUUUCCACAGUCAUAAUGAUGCAUUCAAAAACGUUCAUGUUUAGUCUCAAUAAUAUGGUGUUUCUUUUAAAUGAAUUACAUCUCCAUUUGAAGCAAAGAUUUGAUACGCAAUAUUUUAUAAGGUAAAUUGAUCAUUUGUAUUUAAUUGUCCAGUUUGCAGAACUAAUUUUAGAAAAUAAAAACUUUUCAGGGAUCAAAAAUAUAAAUGUUCAUUGCUUUAAAUCAUGUGCCUUUUAUCAGAAAAAAAAAUGCUUUAAUUUAGUAGUAUGUCAAAUGGAAUACCAAAAAAUUGAUUUAGCUCCAGAUUUUCAUCAAUAUGAUGCACUAUGAGAGGUCCUCUCCUCUGAGCAGACAGUCAGCUGUAGAAUCUGAUCUAUUACCCACCACUGUGUAUUUAGUGUACUGUAAAUGUGCUUUUCACUAGAACUAGUUGACGCUAGCAUUAAAGGGAUAGUUUGAGUUGUAUGAAGUACUCAUCCAUAGUCAGUGUAUUAGUUACAGUAAACAGCAGUCAGCCCACCCCCAGCUUGGAGAGGCAGACAAGAGCAUGCAAGCUAAACCAUGUGCUGCUGUGGCCGUAACAAAACCUGCUUUAGUCACCUAAAAACAGGCCCUUCUAAAUGACUAUCCCUUUAAAGUGUGUUCAGACAGCAUGCAAAGUAAGUUUUAGUGGCACCUUUGUUAGCUAGCUACAGUCGGAUUGGCUGCCCCAACUUCGCAUGAAAUUUAGGUUAUGUUCAAUCUGAAUGCACCUUUUUACUAGCAAUGUUAACAAUAACACGAGGCUUUGCUAAAAGGGACUAGUUGCUAGUUAACAGUGUAAAGACAAAAUAACAAUAACUGUAACUAUCCUGUGUUGUAUUAUCAUUCCAGAAAUUCAGUCAGUCCAGAAAACGCUGAGUUGCUUAAAUAGACAAAAAGAUGUUGGUUUUAAAUAUAUAUAUGUAUAUGUAUAUUAUUAUUAUUAUUAUUAUUAUUAUUAUUAUAUUAACAGGGUUAAUAAGUAAUUAGCCAGUCACCACUUCCAGGAAGUCAAGUUAUGAACACUAAUCAAGCCCACAGGAAGAGCACCAGGCUUUGAUUUGACAUAGUGGCCAAACUGUACAGCAAUGGUUAGGUUUAUGAAAUUGGUUAGGGUAGAAAUAUCAGGGUAAGCCAAUCAGAGGCAGAGUAGGGAGGGACAUGCAUGGAUUCAUAAUCUGACUUCCGGGAAAUGGUGACUGGCUUUUGAAUUUAAAGUUCACUGAUGUGCUUGGUUUCUAUGUCAGUCUUGUAGGACAACUUUUGCCAUUUUCAAAACACACUAAACACACACACACACACACACACACACACACACACACACACACACACACACACACACAUAUACACACACAUUAUAUUUAAAACUUUAUUUUAUCUUUUUGUCUAUUUAUCUUAUUUGCUUCCAGGAAUGAACCAGUGGUACGCCUACUAUUGACUUCAAAUCACCAUCUUGAAUAUGAAAAAACCAGUAGGCUAUGUUCCCCAUUUGAGAGAAAAGUUGCAUUGUUGCUCUUCGUUCAUUUUAUAAAACCAGUGAAUAUUGUGUAUCGUCUUAUAGUAAGACAUACUGUAUAUUGAUGCUGUCACUGUGGCACAAACUUAACAUACUGUAAGAAGCACCAAGUCCUGGAGGGGCACCAUCAGGUAUUGCUGUAGGUGUCAGGCAUUUUAGUAAAGUCUGUCAGUUUGCUGUAUUGUAUCAUCAUUCAACCAUGUAUGACAUUACAUACUAUAGCAUGGACAUAGAUAUAAAUGUGUGACAAAGCAUACACUUUAUAGAUUUCUAACAUUUUGAAAAUUGAUUUUGGUUCCAGUUGGCCUGAUGUGAUACAGUAUAAAAAGUCUGCCUCACAGCAUGACUCUUCAGCAUCUGUUUUGGCUAUUUAGGUUUGUACUUGCAUGAUAAUACAUCCAUCAUACUCGCUCAGUACUGUGCUAUGACUUCAUGCUUAUAUGUUACGCUGUUGUACAUAAAGAUCUGCUCAAAAAUGUUUUAUUAUCUCUUUUAGUUGGCUUAAUUAAUGACUCGAGGUAACUUAGAGAGUACAGGUACAGGUAUCCACUAUUCUAAGGUCAGUAAAACAUAACUUUACAUAAAUGUGAUGAUUUGGAGUACAAAAUGAAUCAUUGCACAAGCAGGGCCUACCUCUAAAGAGGCCUCAACUCACAGGUUGAAAAAGACUUGGCUUGGUUGACCCAUGAGCUGUUUACUGUGUACAGUAUUUAUUUGGACAGUUGGAGUAGGUUGACCUAAUAUGCAAUGUUAGAUCAUUUUUAACAGAAUGAGACAAUCCUGGAGGCUGCUGUAUUGUGGCAUUUGCACAAAAUUGUUCUCUGUGAUGUUACUGUUUCAAACGAAUUCUCAAAUGAGCCUUUGCAUUUACGCAGAAGUAAUGCUCACACUGUACUCUGUUAGUAGUUUUCUGAAUUGUACUUUUAAAAACCAAAAUAACAAAAAAAUCUGAAAUAGUUUGUAGCAUAUGAAAUGUUUUGAAAUGUAACUUUUAAAUAAGCUGACUGUGACAUUCAUUCAAAUUGAACACUGUUGUUAAUUCAAUCAUCUGAGGAUUCACUAUGGCCUGGUUUCUGUAUGCAUGACAAAAUAACUUCAGUAGUUUAUGCAGGGAUUUUUCUGGCAUGUUUCCUUUCCUCUAAACUGUUGGAAUCUUGUUGAAUUUUUAAUGCAAUAAAGAACAUUUUAAGCAUC